AUGGCGGCGGCGGCGGCGGCGGUCCCGUCGGCGGUCCCGGUCCCCGCCGCCGUGGGCCGUCGUGUGGUGGUGGUGGGCGGGGGCCUGUCGGGCCUGGGGGCGGCGCAGCGGCUGUGCCGGCCCGGGGCCUCCUUCCCGGACGUCCGCCUGCUGGAGGCCACCCACAGGCCCGGGGGACGCGUCUGCUCCCGGACACACUGCGGUGGCGUCGUGGAGAUGGGCGCCCACUGGAUUCACGGACCGUCCAAGGGCAAUCCGGUCUUCCAGCUGGCUUCGGAAUACGGCCUCCUGGGCGAGAAGGAGAUGUCCGAGGAGAACCAGCUCAUCGAAGUCGGGGGUCACCCGGGACUGCCCUCCGUCUCCUAUUCAAGCUCGGGGAAAGUCGUGAGUCCCGACCUGGUGACAGACAUGGCUAAUCUGUUUUAUACCCUGCUAGACCAAACGCGCGAGUUCCUCCACGUGGCCGAGGCGCCCAUCCCCAGCGUGGGCCAGUUCCUGAAGAAGGAGAUCGCCCGGCACGCGGCCGAGUGGGAGGACGACGAGGAGACGAAGCGGCUCAGGCUGGCCAUCCUGAAAAACUUCUUCGAUCUGGAGUGCUGUGUCAGCGGGACCCACAGCAUGGAUCUGGUGGCCCUGGCACCCUUCGGGGAAUACGCCACGUUGCCCGGCCUGGACUGCACCUUCCCCGCGGGGUACGAAGGCCUCACGGACUGUGUAAUGACCUCGCUGUCCAAAGACAUCCUUUUGUUUAACAAACCAGUGAAGACCAUUCACUGGAAUGGCUCCUUCCAGGAAGAAAAUCUGCCAGGACAGACGUUCCCGGUCCGGGUGGAAUGUGAAGAUGGUGAACAAUUCCUAGCCGAUCACGUCAUAGUCACUGUGUCCUUAGGUGUUCUCAAGGAGAAGCAGGACAGUCUAUUCCAGCCUCCCCUACCGCUUCCCAAAGCAGAAGCCAUCAGGAAAAUAGGCUUCGGGACCAACAAUAAAAUCUUCCUGGAGUUCGAGGAGCCGUUCUGGGAGGCGGACUGCCAGCAGAUCGAGCUGGUGUGGGAGGACACCUCGCCCCUCGUCGACGUCCCCUCCGACCUGAAGGACACGUGGUUCCAGAAGCUCAUUGGAUUCCUGGUCUUGCCGCCCUUCGAGACCGGGCACGUUCUCUGCGGGUUCAUUGCCGGCCAGGAAUCCGAAUUCAUGGAAACCCUUUCCGACGAGGAAGUGCUUUCCUCUCUCACGCAGGUCCUCCGGAGAAUGACAGGAAAUCCACAGCUGCCGGCGCCCAAGAGCGUGUUGCGUUCCAAGUGGCACAGCGCUCCGUACACCCGCGGCUCCUACAGCUACGUGGCCGUGGGGAGCACCGGCGAAGACGUCGACCUGCUGGCCGAGCCCCUGCCCGCCGACGGCCCCAGCCCGCAGCACAGGUGCUGUUUGCUGGAGAAGCCACCCACCGCACGUUUUACUCCACCACCCACGGUGCCCUGCUCUCCGGCUGGAGGGAAGCCGACCGGCUCAUCGGCCUGUACGACCCGGAGUCCCAGCAGCACAAGCCCAGACUCUGAGGCCCCCAGCUCCCCGCCGGCACCCCGCUUCGGGCUCCCUCUCCCUCUCCACUUGCCCCGACAACCACCCGCUCGCCUCCCGUUAGCCUUCCCGUCCGAUCGCCAGAUCCUUCCUCUCGCCCGGCCCUGGCUCUCCGUCGGAAUCCUAGCAGGGUAACCCUUCUGCUCUUCGUAACUUUUAUCCCUUGAACCCGUCGCUCUUCCCGCUCUUCGAAGCCAACUGGAACGGCCGACCCUUCCUGGCCUGGAAACUGGAAAUAACAAAAGAUCCGGCCACUCGGACACGCAAAAUAUCGCCCAAGCAUAAAGUAUUUAAAAGCG